CUUGCCUCUAUUUGUCUGUCCUACUCCAGACCGACUCCUCAUUCUGGGGAAGAUGCCUGUGUGCGGACAUUCUCUCUCACGCUGGACAUUCUCGCUGCUCUGCUGCUUGCUACAACACAGGGGCCCUGUUUCAUCCACUCAGGUCACCCUUAGCCCUCCCCUUGCCCCCUCUCUCAGGGUCACCUCCAGGGCAGGGGGCACGGUGGUCCUUACCUGCACCAUCCCUCCCAAAAGGCCCCUAGGGGUGAAGUUUGAGCUCCACACAAGACAAGGGCCGCUAGAUACUGUGAUGCCUCAGACAAAGAAAGCUAAGGCUCAGUUCACUGUGAAGUUGUUUACAAAGCCUCUCUGCUGUUUGUACUGGGACGAGAACAACAUCAGCCCGUUUUCCAUGUUCGUGUAUCCGGAUGACCCAGUUCACAGCCCGGAUCCUCCCAGAACUCUCCCUUCACCCAUCCUGUCAGUGGCGCCCCCCCAGUGGCCAGGUGAAGCGAGGCCAAAGCCUGACCUUCCUCUGCUCCUUACCCCCCGGCUCAACGACCAGCUUGCCCCAGGUCUACGUCCUCCUGAAGACACCCAGAGAGACCACAGGGGUGUCUGGAGGCUCCUGGUCGCCCCCCAGGCCUCGUGGGUCUCCACGGGCCCAGUUAGGCUCUUUCAACCUGGGGCCGGUGCAGGGAGCAGAGGGGGGGUCCUAUAUGUGUCUCUACCAGGGUACUAUCCCCCAGAAGGGCCUGACCCAACUCCAGUGUGAGUGAGCCAGCUCAUGUCACCGUAACAGACUGGUUGCCCGUGCCCACUCUCUCGCUCCAUUACCAGGGAGAGGAGUGGCACCUGGUGUGCACUGGGUCUCCUGCCUACCCCGGUGUUCAGUUCUCCCUGUACCGCCAGGGCAGUGUCCACCCCGACGCCGUCCAGCAUGUUCCCGUCACCCGCCACCAUGCCGUGUUUCCCACCGCCCGCCUCCCAGCCGGGCCCGCCAGCCGUUUAUCAGUGCCAGUACACCGCCAUGCUGGGAAGUGACUGGAGCCAGUCUGAUCGAAGCCUUUCGCUGGAGGUCCCCACGAACACAGGCAUGGCG